GAGAAAACUGGAGAAGGGCUACCACUCUCCACUCCACACGAACCACGCCUGUACUCCAUCAGCACAAGACGAGAGCCACGCCUUUGAUGCCUCGCGUCGACUCCACCGCGCCGCUGUCCCUGUUCCUCCUCCAGCGCUUCCGCCGCCCCACCUCGCCGCCGCCGCCAGCCUUCUGGUCCCCCAUCGCCGCUUUUACCGCGGCCACGGAGCGCGUCAGGGCUGGGACGCUCCGCCCCGAAGACGCACACCACCUGUUCGAUGAAUUGCUGCGCCAGGCCACCCCGGUCCCGGAGCGCUUCCUGAACGCCUUCCUGGCCGCGCUCGCCCACGCACCGGCCUCCCACGCGUGCAGAGAUGGCCCCGCCCUCGCCGUGGCUCUCUUCAACCGCGUCCGCCGGGAAGAAGCUGGCCCGCGGGUGGUGCCCCCUGCAGUCCACACCUACAAUAUCCUCAUGGACUGCUGUUGCCACCUCUGUCGCCCCAAGCUAGGGCUUGCCAUCUUCGGCUGCCUCCUCAGGAUGGGUCUCAAGACAAACCAGAUCACCGCCAACACCUUCCUCAAGUGCCUCUGCUACGCAAAACAGACGGACGAGGCUGUGAACACGCUGCUUCACAAGAUGCCCGAGUUUGGCUGUGUGCCUAAUGCCGUAUCAUACACCACAGUUCUUAAGAGCUUAUGUGACAGUACAAGGAGCCAGCAGGCGCUUGACCUGCUCAAGAUGAUGCCACAACGAGGUGGCUGCUCCCCCGACCUGGUGGCCUAUAACACGGUCAUCCACGGCUUACUUAAGGAAGGCGAAGUAAGACAGGCAUACAAUCUAUUCGAUCAAAUGAUACAGCGUGGGUUUGCGCCUGAUGUGGUGACAUAUACCGCGAUUAUUGAUUCACUGUGCAAGGCCAGAGCAGUGGACAUGGCAGAGUUGAUCCUUCGGCAGAUGGUUGAUAAUGGUGUUCAACCGGAUAGAGUGACAUAUUAUACCAUGAUCCGUGGAUAUUCCUCUUUGGGCCAGCGGAAAGAGGCACGUAAAAUGUUUGGAGAAAUGCUAAGCCGUGGCCUUAUACCAAAUCAGAAAUUUAAGAAAUGAUGCACGCAUGGAGACUGGAAAUAAGAAGGAUGCAGAUGUGGAGCAUUCUGCUAAGAUUGUCUUGAGUAUUUAUCAGUGUAUCUAGAUGUGCAACGUCUUCUGAAAUUCCCGCUUUGAUGCAGCAUCAUACAUCACACCCUGAUUCAACCUGCAAGCGGAAAAGAUCGAGCAUUUGGAGCUGUCAGCGAUAAUCACAUCCAGGAUAAUGUAGCAUGCUCCCGCAGUAUUUAACAUUAAAAACCUGAGGGCAUGUUUAGUCGAUCCCUUAAAAUCAGUUAGAGGAGUAAAAAAUCUACUCCUCUUCCGCUUAUAUUUAAGUUGGCUUCAUAGGAUGUUUGAGUUCGGCUCUGUGCCUUUGUGUCCUAUCAUACUCCACAGUUCUUAAGAGCUUAUGUGACAAUAGAAGGAGCCAGCAGGCGCUUGACCAGCUCAAGAUGAUUCCACAGUCAUUGGUGGCUUAUUUAAGGAAGGCAAACUAAGCAAGGCAUCCAAUCUAUUCAAUGAAAUCAUGCACAAAGGGGUCCUUUCUAAUGUGGUGAUACGUAGUUUGAUGCAUUGUGUAAGGCCAGAGCAAUGGAGUGACAUAUACUAGCAUGAUACAUGGAUGUUCCACUUUGGGCCCGUGGAAACAGGCAAGUAAAAUGUUCAAAGAAAUGACUAGCCAGGGUCUUAUACCAAAUAUUGGUAUGUGGAAUCAUGGCAUCCCUUCCCAAACAUGGAAGAACCAGAGAAGCUGCAGAUAUUUUUGAGUCCAUGACUGCCAACUGCCAAGGGCCACAUACCUCAUAAUGUGGGUAUUACAUUGCCCUGUGGGAGGAUUGUUCCUGAUUUAUUAGGCUGGUUGCCUCUUCCGCUGGCUACGCAGGCAAGUUUGUCUUCUAUGUUCAUUUGUUUGCCUUUUCUUGUCUGCCUCCAAAAUGAGAACUUUCCCACUUAAUUAGAGUAAGAUUGCAACAUGUAUCAUGUAUGCUUAUGAUUUCUUCUCCGUGCAAGUAGCGGAAGUCUGUCAUGCCACUGUGAUUGAUAAGUAUAGGCAUUCACAAGCUUAAGAAUAUUACCAAGAUGGUUAAGAUAGCUAUCUCAGGCUUAAAAGAAGAAUACACUUGGGACAUAUCAUUGAAUUUUACCAACACAAAGUGUGCUUGCUCGAUCGGCCUGUGCCAGUUUUCAUCCUUCGUGUUACUAUAAUACUCGGCACAUUUGGUCAGACCCGGCACAAAGAGGUCUCGUUUCUUUGUAUUUAACAACCUCCGCGCUGAGAAGCCAGCACCCCACCUCACCACUGCGCCCACCGCGUCCCCGGGGCCGCUGCCUGGCUUGCCUGCGCCGGCGGCUGCCAUCGUCUUCCCUAGCCGAGCCCGACGGCUUCAGCCGGACCACCGCACCCAGGAACCGGCAGGCCACCUCACAACCUGCACCCACCACAUCCCUAGGGCUGCCGCCCCGGCUUGCCUGCUCGGGCGGCCGCGAUAAUCUUCCCCAGCCAAGCCCAACGGCUGUCAAUACCACGCGCGAGAGGGACCUCCCCCAACACCUUUUGGCAGCGGGGGGCCGCCGCCACUGCGCCAGCAGCGAUGGGUGAGCACCGGAAGGGAGGGGCGGUGAGCGGCGAGCGCCCCGGUGUCGCAUGGGGAGCGACCUGUGGUUCAAAAAUGGCAAAAAAAAUCAUUUCCAGGAUAAUCCACCUGUGGUUCAGGAACGUUGAAUGGAAACAAUUUACCAAAUAAUCAGAUAAACGUUAUCAUGGUAUCUUUGUAGAGUGUGGAACUUGCUAAAAAAGAGGCAAAGGAUGGCAUGCACAACACAUGAGAUGAUAGAGCAGU